GCAGCUUAGAUUCAUCGCAUUCUCGAUUCUUCCGAGUCCGUGCUCCUCCGAUAGCCUCUGUUUCGUCACCACGAUCUCCACUUCGAUUGCCAAUCAGUGCGCGAUCCGUCGGCGAAUUCCGCUACCGUAAAGGUUCACGGUGUCCUGUUAUGUUAGGAACAGUAGCAGUACGAGUUAGAUGGAGAAUGGUUUCAAGGAGAACGAGGAAAAGCAAGCAUGGCCUGAUUCUUCUGGACACGAGGUUCAUGCUGGGAAACCUCCUCCAUUGACCUGGCAACGGAAGCUAAACUGCGGGGAAAAGUAUCCUUCAAUAUUUACAUUGAGGCUUCAAGAGAAACUGCAUAUGGCUCCAUUAGGUGUUCGCUUGUGGCGUCAUUCUAGCAGAGAAGAGGCCAAAGGAAGAGCAACAAUAUUUGAUUUUACCAAGAAGCGCUAUUUUACAAGUCAACAUGGCAUUCCUCUUGGUGGUAUUGGUGCAGGGAGUAUUGGUAGAACUCACAGGGGUGAAUUUCAGCGUUUCCAACUAUUCCCUGGAAUCUUUGAGGAUGUUCCCAUUUUAGCAAAUCAGUUCUCUGUUUUUGUUUCACGUCCAAAUGGUAAAAAAGUUUCUAGUGUACUGUGCCCACGUAGCUCUCAGUUGCCAAAAGCGAAUGCCACUUCGGGAAUCGAAUGUUGGGAUUGGAACCUGAAUGGGGACAAAAGUACUUACCAUGCUUUGUUUCCACGGUCAUGGACGGUCUAUGAUGGUGAACCUGACCCUGAACUUCGAAUUGUUUCCCGUCAAAUAUCUCCAUUUAUACCUCACAAUUACAAGGAAAGCAGCCUUCCUGUCUCUGUAUUUACAUUUACGCUCUCAAAUCAAGGGGAUACUCCUGCAGAUGUAACCUUAGUUUUCACAUGGGCGAACUCGGUUGGGGGAGUCUCAGGAUCUUCGGGUCGACAUUUCAACUCUAACAUACCGGUCAGGGAUGGAGUGCACGGGGUGUUGUUACAUCACAGGACAGCAAAUGAACAUCCACCAGUUACUUUUGCCAUUGCAGCCAGAGAAACAUCAGAUGUUCACAUCUCUGAAUGUCCUUGCUUCUUGAUAUCUGGUGAUUCUCAAUGUCUCACUGCAAAAGAUAUGUGGUUUGAAAUUAAGAAGCAUGGAACAUUUGACCACCUCAACUGCCAAAAAAUCUCUAAGCAUUCAGAACCAGGAUCAUCAAUUGGAGCCGCUGUAGCAGCCUCUGUAACUGUUCCUCCUGGCAGUGUCCGUACAGUCACGUUUUCACUUGCAUGGGAUUGCCCAGAAGUGAGAUUUUGCGAGAAAGCGUACCACAGGCGUUAUACAAAAUUUUAUGGCAAAAAUGGGGAUGCAGCUGCAAACAUUGCACAUGAUGCCAUUCUUGAGCAUGCUAAGUGGGAGUCCCAGAUCGAUGCAUGGCAAAGACCAAUCCUUCAAGACAAACGGCUCCCCGAUUGGUACCCAGUUACUCUUUUCAAUGAACUUUAUUAUCUUAAUUCUGGGGGCACCAUCUGGACAGAUGGAUUGCCUCCAAAGCAAAAUCUGGCGGCAAAUGGAUACAGAAGAUUUUCACUUGACCGUGCAUCUUCCAAAUUCAAGAACUUGUUAGUUGAUGAUACCGCUACGGUUAUAAUUGAGAGAAUGGCAUCAGUACUUGAGCAGAUUGAUUGCCCUGCAGCAUCAAAUUCUGCUUUUGGAACAGAUUUGCUCCAGGAAGGAGAAGAAAAUAUCGGCCAGUUCCUUUAUCUUGAAGGAAUGGAAUACCUCAUGUGGAACACGUAUGAUGUCCACUUCUACUCAUCCUUUGCACUACUCAUGUUAUUCCCGAAGCUAGAGCUCAGCAUUCAGCGAGACUUUGCUGCUGCAGUGAUGCUACGUGAUCCCGAAAGGAUGCAAAUCAUGAGUGAUGGAAAGUGGGUUCAACGGAAGGUUCUUGGUGCCGUUCCUCAUGAUAUUGGACUGAAUGACCCAUGGUUUGAGACAAAUGCUUAUAAUCUAUAUAACACAGACAGAUGGAAAGACUUGAACUCAAAAUUUGUUCUGCAAGUGUAUAGAGAUUUUAUUGUUACUGGGGAUAAAAACUUUGCUCGGGCCGUGUGGCCCUCUGUUUAUACUGCUAUUGCUUACAUGGAUCAGUUUGACAAGGAUGGGGAUGGAAUGAUUGAGAACGACGGGUUCCCAGAUCAAACUUACGAUGCUUGGUCUGUUACUGGGGUAAGUGCAUACUGUGGUGGUCUUUGGGUGGCAGCCCUUCAGGCAGCUUCAGCCAUGGCACGUGAAGUCGGCGACCUUGCUUCUGAAAGUUACUUUUGGGCCAAGUAUCAGAAGGCAAAGAAAGUGUACGACAGUUUAUGGAAUGGUUCCUACUUCAACUAUGAUAACAGUGAUUCCAUAACUAGCAAAUCCAUUCAGGCUGACCAAUUGGCUGGACAAUGGUAUGCUAGGGCCUGUGGGCUUCUUCCAAUAGCAGAUGAGAAGAAGGUCAAGUGUGCUCUCGAGAAAGUGUACAAUUUUAACGUCAUGAAGGUGAAGGGAGGGUCACGGGGAGCGAUGAACGGCAUGCUGCCUGAUGGACGAAUUGACAUGUCCGCGAUGCAAUCAAGGGAGAUCUGGGCAGGUGUUACAUAUUCCGUUGCAGCCGGCAUGAUUCAUGAGGGAAUGACUGACAUGGCAUUUCAGACUGCAUAUGGUAUCUAUGAAACAGCCUGGUCAGAGAACGGUCUCGGUCUUGCUUUCCAGACUCCGGAGUCAUGGAACAACAAUGACCAGUACAGAUCUCUCUGCUACAUGAGACCAUUGGCCAUAUGGGCGAUGCAAUGGGCCUUAUCAAACCCGAAUCUCCAUACAGAGGAACCGAAGCACGAAGAGGAUGAAGAGACUAUAUUCAUGAAAUAUCAUCCCCGUUUUUCAAGAGUUGCUCACCUUCUAAGGUUGCCUGAUAAAGAUAAGCCCCGAAGCUUCUUCCAAACUCUUUAUGAUAUCACCUGCGGAAGAUUGCCCCUAAAUUACGUGUUUUAACUGCUGUGGAGUUGGGCGGAAUGCCCUUCUCGAUUACGAAAUUGUUCAUGAUAUUUUGAUUGUAAACCGGAUUUAUACUCGAUUGUUGUCCAACUUAUGAUAAGGAGAAUGGGAUGCGGCAUGGAAAAUAGUUUUCACAUUGCUUGAUAAGAUACCAAAUGACAUGGCAUACCGAAA